UCAAAUCUUUAUCAGUCGCGUGUCGGGUGUAUACCGGACAGUAUAAAUGCCACGUCACAAACGUAACACGUGAUACCAACAGAGUGAUUCGACAGUCUUCAGCGAGCACGAGUCGCGUGCACGAGUCAUCCUCCGAUUCACAUACACACAUCACGCUCUACCGAUCGUAUUCCCCGCGAGUAUUCCUUUCUCUCGUUUCUGCCCGAGGAAAACGUAGCAAAACGCGCCCAUUAUGUAUGCGUCCACAUCGCGUCUCGUUCUACGCCGGGCGCAGCGAGAGCUGGCCGCGACGAGGCAGCUGCACCUACACGCGUCGCGUCUCCGGCAGCACACGGGUCCGCUGACGCAACUCACGGACGACGAGUUAAUGACGAAGGAGAUGGUCGGCAAAUUGGCCAGGCAAGAGAUCGCGCCGCUCGUGCGGAAGAUGGAGGAGGAGCGGCGAAUAGACGACGGCGUGUUCCGCAAGCUCUUCGAGAACGGCCUGAUGGGCAUCGAGGUGCCGACGGAGUACGGCGGCACCGGCAGCAGCUUCAUGAGCACGAUUCUAGCCCUCGAGGAGAUCUCCAAGGUCGACGCGGCGGUGACCGUGCCGGUCGACAUCCAGAACACGCUGAUAAACUCGCUGAUCCUCAAGCUCGGCACCGAGGAGCAGAAGCGGCGCUACUUGCCCAGGCUGGUCCAGGACUCCGUGGGCUGUUUCUGCCUGACGGAGCCCGGCUCGGGCUCGGACGCCUUCGCCAUGAGAACCGAGGCGAGGAGAGAGGGCGCCGACUACGUCGUCAACGGCACGAAGAUGUGGAUCUCGAGCUCGGACGUGGCGCGGGUCUUCGUGCUGUUCGCCAACGCGGACCCGGCCGCCGGUUAUCGCGGCAUCACGGCCUUCCUCGUGGACCGCGACACGCCCGGGCUGACGGUGAACAAGCCCGAGAGUAAGCUGGGCAUCAAGGCGUCGGGCACCUGCAUGGUGCACUUCGACAACGUCAGGAUACCCGGGGAGAAUCUGCUGGGCGAGUUCGGGCACGGGUACAAAUACGCGGCCGGGUUUCUCAACGAGGGUAGAAUCGGCAUCGGCGCGCAGAUGAUUGGCAUCGCGCAGGGCUGCCUGGACGCGACCGUGCCGUACACCCUGGAGAGAAAGCAGUUCGGCAAGGACAUCUUCUCCUUCCAGAGCCUGCAGCAUCAGAUAGCGCAGGCGGCGACGGAGCUGGAGUGCGCCCGGCUGCUCGUCUACAACGCGGCGAGACUGGUGGAGGCUAAGAAGGACUUCAUGAAGGAGGCGGCUAUGGCCAAGCUCUUCGCAUCCGAGACCGCGUGCCGUAUCACGGCCAAGUGCAUUGACUUCAUGGGCGGCGUCGGCUUCACGACCGACUUCCCGCAAGAGAAGUACUACAGGGACGCGAAAAUCGGCACCAUUUACGAGGGCACGAGCAACAUGCAGUUGUCGACGAUCGCGAAAUGUAUUCGAAAGCAAUAUUCCUAGAGGGGCUACGAGCGCAAUUACUCCUAGAAUUACGGUUUGCAGAUUAGUUUGUAUCGUCUUUCUUAGGUUUUUGACAAUAUAACGCGUGUACGUAAACAAAAAUGUACUUGUACGUAAGUUGAGUAAGUUCGAAAGCCUAAAAAUAAUAAAUUCGGAAAGGAAAGUAUAAAAUCUAGCAAUAUAAAAAAAGUAUCUUAUCACACUACAUAUUGUAUUUUUCUAAGUAUUGAGAAAAGUCGAAGAACGUGCGCAUUAACGUUGGUAGAUUGUUAAUGAAUCAUUCCGUACAGCACAAAUCUCCAAGAGAGCCUUGGAGUCGCCUUUAGGUCCUUAGAUCCUAAGGACCUAAAGGUGUUGCCAAGAGAUGAUCUUUGCAGAUUUCCGUAUAAGACUUGAACCUCCCUU